AUGGGAAGCAAAUAUCCUUUAGUGCUAUACACUCAAAUCGUUUUGCUCGCAGUCGACAUGAUAUUCAAUUGUCUUUCUGUCAUUUUAUAUGGGAAUAACACCAUUCUUCUAAUGCUGUAUAUAUUGCAAGACACUUUAUUGGUAAUGUCUUCAAUAAUGUUGUUCACUUCGUUUUCUUCAACAUUCGUUUUUCAAAUUGGUCUUAUUCCAUUAUUACUUAUCACUUUUCUACCUUCAAUUAUAUUCACAAUUUUCUAUAUUCUAAUAUCUAUUGCUUAUCAUUAUGUGAGUUUGAACUCCUCCUGGGACACUGAUGGAGAUGUUAUAUUCGAUAAUCCCAUCAUUUUAUCAAUGUAUAUUGCUCAUAAAUUUUUUGCGUGCUUCUACUAUUCCUUCUACAAGCGAGCUGCGAUGCACAUUUCGGAGCCGAAGUAUGGAGGAGACUCCGAGUGGCUACGAGAAAAAUUCAAGAGUUUUUUCAACAUCAAAGCUCCCACUUCUGACGAAAUUCACCAUUCGCAACAGUCAAAUAACCAAUAA